CUGUCCUCAGACAAGUGAGGGAGGAGCACAGACACUUCACUGUUGGCCAGAUUUCUGGGCAUGCAGUGUAGAAUCGAGAUCUUCUAAGGUAGGACAUGAUGAUGUCCCCCUCUGAUGCUCAGAAAAAUUUCAGUUAAAGCAUUGGUCGCAUCUGACUUCUGAUUGUAUUUGUAUUUUAUUUUAGCAACAAGAUGUUGGCAGGUGUCAAUAAAAGGCUUAAGAUGGCUGGUUAACCAGAUUCAUUGGUUGCUUGGUUUGUUGGAAAUCCCUGAGACUCCUUGGUUGUGGAGUUUGCCUUUCACAAGAGAGACACUGUUGAGCAGGUUUAGAACAUAAUUUCUUUUGGCUUUUCUCCUUUUACAAGAUUCUUGGAGGCUCCAUAAUUUUUUUUUCAGUCCUCAUUGCAUUUGUGUCAAGUCACGGGGAAUCAGCUUGCUGCUUUGGUUAUCCAUUAUAUCGCUUCUAAGUGGAGUUUAUGUUCUUAUUUUAAUACUUCAUAAGUAUAAAUUAUGAAAGGUAGAAUGUCAGAAGAAGAAAGUUGAUUGUAAAUAAACUUGUACAGAAUGCUCAUUCCUCAGUGGAGUCAAAGAUAAGUGAGGCUAUUUUAAAGCACGUAAGGGUUUUUUUGAACCCUUAUGUAUUGAAGAGUUUUAGAGAUACUAGCCUCUUUCAUAAGAAAAGAAACUUUGAUAGGAUUUGUGGCUACAAGAACAAUGCCAAGCUAGUUUCCAUGACCGAUACACAUUUCUCUAACUUGAGUGAGAAUGAGGGUUACUCCAUAGUAGUAUACAGGUUGAUGCACGUUAAUAUGCAAAGUAAAAAUUAUUUAAAAUAAAGUAUAAUUAAUAAUGCCUUGUACUAGACCUAUUUCAAAUUUUUGUGUUUGUUCUAAAAUUGGAGUGCACUAAAAAUGCUUCAUUUUGUAUCAGAAAAUAAUUAUUUUUUCCAAAUGAAAUUUUAUUUAACAUCGGCAUACACCCAAACUUGCAUCCUCUUAAAAAUGAUUGAAGAACUUCUGGAAAGACAAAAAAUAAUUUAAAAAUUACUGUCUUCUUUGGACUAAAUUUUGUCAUUUUUAUGUCUUCAUGAUCAUUAAUGAUAUUGCAAUUUCCCUCUCUGUAGAAUAGUGGACAUCAGUAAAGCGGUUUGCAUCAACUUCAGUUUCCACUUUUCAUUCAUGCUUGUGGAACUUGUAUGACUAGGUGGAACUUAUCUGAGAUUUUACGUUAACUAAAAUGUUACAUUUACAGCUAUAAAGUAAAUAGUAUCUGUAUGUAUUCCUUCUUGUCUGCCUUUCAAAUGAGGGAUGGAGAGGAUUAAGAUUUCAUAAUAGCAUGCAGAAUAGCUUUGAAAGAAACCUGGAUCCUGCUUUUAUAGAAGGACUUUACUUGUUAAAGUUUACUCUGCCUGCAGGAUACUGAACAAGAUCAUGCUGCUCAGACAGUGUUUUACCUUCUUCUGUGUUGGCUCUGGCCUAAAGGGAAUAGCUAUCAUCUCUUUGAGUAUUAUUUCAGCACGGAAAAUUUGGAAAGAGACUUCUUUCUGAGAAGAAAGAUGGACCAACAAGGAUUCUUACCUAUUUCUUUGAUUGCCACCUUCCACCGUGUGCAAGCUCUGACUACAAAUGUUAACCUCAUCUUAGAGGCUCUAAAGGAAAGUACAGAAGUGGAAAUAAUAGAUCAGAAGAUGAGGAAAAGGAUAGAUCCAGAAAAAUGGCCAAUUCCUGGUGCCUCUCCAUGUAAUCUGCAACAGACUGACUUCUCUCAGCUCAUCAACUGCCCAGAAUUCAUACCAGGCAAAGCAUUUGGCUCUCAUACUGAGUCUGCACCAAGCUCUCCCAGAAUGGGAAGUCCAAUAAGUCCAAAAACAAGUAGUGAAACAAGUAACCUUCAAACAAUAUCUAAAGGAUUGUCUACAAGUCUGCCAGAUCUGGACUCUGAACCUUGGAUAGAAGUAAAAAAGAGACAUCAUCCAUCAACAGUUAAAUUAAAGGAAUCUGCACCUCCACUUGAUCAAACAACAAAUCAGCAAAAGCAGCCCCCACCUCGAGAGGAACAAGAGCAAGAAGAGCUUGACUUUUUAUUUGAUGAAGAGAUGGAACAAAUAGAAGGUCGCAAAAAUAAGUUUACAGAUUGGUCAGACAGCAAUUCGGAUUAUGAAAUUGAUGACCAGGAUGUAAACAAGAUUUUGAUUGUAACACAGACACCACCUUACAUGAGAAAACAUCCUGGUGGAGAUCGUACUGGUAAUCAUGUGUCUCGUGCAAAAAUUACAUCAGAACUUGCUAAAGUCAUUAAUGACGGUUUAUACUAUUAUGAACAGGAUUUGUGGAUGGAGCAAGGUGAGAUCAAUUCAGCAGCUAUGAAGCAAGAGGUUGAAAACUUUAAGAAGCUUAAUCUCAUUAGUAAAGAAGAGUUUGACAAUCUUGCACCUGAACCAAUCAUUGAUCCAAACCAGGAAGUUCCUCCAGGGCCUCCAAGAUCACAGCACGAUUUAACAGAUGAACUGUCUUGUAAACUGUUUGUUGUAGAAGUACCUCCAACAGCAAUGGCUCGUUCACUGCCAACAGCGGUCCCAGAAUCUCCAAGAGUUCAUCCUGCCAGAACACCCAAAACGCCUCGGACCCCACGGCUCCAAGAUCCCAACAAAACACCAAGAUUCUAUCCUGUGGUUAAAGAAGCAAAAUCCAUUGAUGUAAAGACUCUGAGGAAGAGGAAAACACGACAUAGUACAAACCCUCCAUUAGAAAGCCAUGUUGGUUGGGUAAUGGAUUCCAGAGACCACAGGACAAGGACAUCCUCUGUGAGCAGUUCAAAUGCUUCACCCUCAGAAGGUGCCCCCCUUGCAGGAAGUUAUGGGUGUACUCCUCACUCGCUUCCCAAAUUUCAGCAUCCUUCUCAUGAACUUUUAAAGGAAAAUGGCUUUACACAACAAAUCUACCACAAAUACCGUCGAAGGUGCCUAAUGGAAAGGAAACGUUUGGGAAUUGGCCAGUCCCAAGAAAUGAACACACUUUUUCGUUUCUGGUCCUUUUUUCUCAGAGAUCACUUUAACAAGAAGAUGUAUGAGGAAUUCAGACAGCUUGCUCUAGAUGAUGCAAAAGAGCACUACAGGUAUGGAUUAGAGUGUUUGUUCAGAUUUUACAGCUAUGGUCUGGAAAAAAAAUUCAGGCAAGAGAUUUUCAAGGAUUUUCAAGAAGAAACAAAAAAGGACUAUGAAUCUGGUCAGCUGUAUGGCCUAGAAAAGUUUUGGGCUUAUCUAAAAUACUCUCAAUAUAAGACUCCACCCAUUGACCCCAAAUUGCAAGAAUACCUCAGUAACUUUAAGAGAUUGGAGGACUUCAGAGUUGAUCCUCCUAUCAGUGAAGAAUCUGGAAGAAAAAGACCUCCUAAUGUAAUUGGUGAGGAGACUGGUCAUUCUAGACACCAGUCUAAUUCCUCUACUAAGACACUGCUUGCUGCUAGACCUUCAGCUGCCAAUCAAUCUCAGGUCCCAGGAAACUUUUCCAGUAGGAAUACUCUACAGGAGUCUAGUGACAACAUAGGCCACAACAGUGCUGCCACAAAAUCAGUAGAUGGUGACAUGCCUGAGAAAUAGACAUAAGAUGUGCUUGUGCCCUUGAGAUCAUCCUUUACAUCAGUGUUUAAGUAUAGCAUCUUCAGGGGAGCUGUUACAAUGCACGAUUAAAAACAAAAGUAUAGGAAGACAAAGGAUUGCAUUUUUCUCUUUCACAAGAUUAAGUUUGAAAUACUUUCCCUAAGUGAGUAGUUCUUUGUUUUGGGAUCAUCAAAGAUCCAGAUGAAAUGUCUCUUUGGUUUCAGUAUUGCUUUCCUCAAGCUGUUGUUUACAAAACCUGCAUUUCUGUACUAUAUGCAAAAAAAAAUGUCUGGGGAUGCCUUACAUUUCAGCUCAUACUUCUUAAAGAAGGUGUGGUAUAUCCAAGUUACUUACUGAGCUUUCUUCACCCAAAUUUUCCCCUUGUUGGUUAAUAUUUUUACUUAUCAAAGCCAAAAGAUUACAUAUAUGUAUAUUUUUAAAAUAUAGAGAAAGAAUCUAAGUUGGUAGGUUCACUCUUAAAUAUUUAACUCUAAAAAGGAAAUAUUUUAUAUGUAUGCAUAAAGCACACUCAGGAUGUGCAACUGUAUGGAAGUGUGAGCACUUGUGGAGUCUGUUUCAUUAUUUUGCUUUCUACUUAACCUUCAUAGUUAGUGUUGUGAGUAGGCAUGGAGUUUUCUGAGUGGACAUCAUCAACUGGUUUAGUUUUAGGGAAGUUUUUAUUCAAAGGUAAAAUACAGGGAAGAGAGGGUAUGUUAAUUUACGUAUGGUCCCAAAUUAACUACAUAUAGUUGCUGGUUGUGCAGGCUGAUACAAUUGCAAAUAACUUUCAAGUUGUUUUCACUUUCAGAGAGGUUCUUGUUUUGUUUUACUUUUCAUUUAAGUUUGCUUUAUUUUAUACUUGUAAAGUGCUGUUCAAGAGAGUUAUAACAGAUUUUUUAAGACUUUAUUUUCAUUUCAACUAAUAUAAUAUUUUAGUUCUGAGGGAAAUUUAAAGCACUCAUAAAUUUAUAUUUUGCUCUAUUUUAGAAUCUGUUUGAAUGAAGUUGUAGUUUUAAAUUCUGCUAGUUAAUAAAAAAUGGAAUUUCAAAAACAGGUCUAAAAUAUAAUUUCAUAAAAUGUAAAUGUUUAAAUGCUAAGCAUUAGUUACUAUUGAUGGGAGGUAGGAAAAUUAUUAGUUGUAUCACCUGUACUUUCCUUAUUUCUUUCAUUUAUUUUGAUCCAGAAGAUUUAGUAUUCCUGCGGAAAUGAAUCCUCUUUCCUAAUGUAGGGGGGAAGAUGGGGAUUAUUUCAUUUUUGCUAUACUAGUUAACUGCAGAAAAUCCUUCGGUUAACUGUAAAGUUAACUUUCUAGAAGUUAUGUCUGAUGCCUUAAAUGUUGGGAAUAUCCUAACUGGUUCAACAUCCCUACAUUGAGUUUUAAACUUGUAAUGGAUGUCAGAGGUUUAUGUAACUCAAAUCUGUUUAAAAAAUCCACUCAUUGCCUUGUGAAUCUCAAUAGAACAAUUAUGAAUAUGUACACAUUUGUAAAUGAGCAUAUAGCAGUGGCCUUCCCAGUAGUUAGUUUCCAUACAAAACUGAGCUGUUUAGAAGUGUCUUAAUUUAAAAGGAAAAUAGGUAUUAACAUUAAUUGUUACCUACAAACAUUUUAAAUAGCAUAUUUUCAACAUGCUGAAGUCAUACAUCUCAAUCCUGUUUAAUCUAUGCCUCCUAUCCAUAAAAAUGAUGCAAAUGUAAAUUGGGAUUGAAACUGUAUAUACAAGUAAUAGAAUUUUUGCUUUCACUUUUUCAUUGAAUGAUAUGUGUGCAUAUUUAGCUUUUAGCGUGUGUAAUUUGUGGUAUAUCUUUGCAAAUUUUAUAAAAAUACCAAAAAGCUCCAA